GAUUAAAACGUCUUUGAAUUCGACUAAGCGAUCUGAGGAACCGGCCAGUCAAUUCUCGAAACAGUUUGCAAGUCCAAGAUCCGAUAUGGAUUGUUGUGCAAAUCAACAACAGUCGGAAGACCAAGAAGUUGAUAUCUUGGAGUUUGAGAAUCUGAAUGAUGAGGAGGGUUUGUGUCAAUCCUCUUCGAGUUCUUUUGGUGAUUCAUUAUGUGCUCGUGAUGAUGAUGAUGAUUGUGGUUUCGAAGCACAGUCUAUGUUAAGCAAAGAUUAUCCACUGCCUGAGAGUUUUGGAGAUGGGACUGAGCUAUUGGGUUUGAGAAAGAAGAAGAAGAAGAAGUUGACGGAUGAGUGGAGGAGGUUUAGUCAGCCUUUGAUGUGGAGGUGUAAGUGGUUAGAGCUCAAGGUUAAGGAACUUGAGUCUCAAGCAAGAGGGUAUGAUAAAGAAGUCCAAAGCUACGAUGGUGAUGAUCAAACUCAGAGGAUGAGUGUUUUCAAGAGAGGAAGAAGGAGACGUGUGGAAGAGACAACAGAUGUUUCUGCUUAUAUCUCCAACCAUAAUGUUUUCUCUUAUGCCGAAAAGCGGAAGCCAAGAACUCUUAAAGCUCAGUGUCCUGUUCCUGGUGAGAUCAUUGUUCUAGGCGAGGAAGAUGAGAGUGAAGAUGAUUGUUGUUUUGUUUCCGAGUCACAUUGUUCUGAUGAUGAUCUCAUAGGAAAGAUACUGUGUAAGAUUGAUGAGGCGCAGGAUAAAGCAAAGAGACUGAAGAAGCGUGUUGAUGAGCUGAUGAUGUGCAAUUCUCAUAAUACAUCAUCUAUGCCUCGGACAAUAGCUCAAUCUAGGAGUGACUUUACGGCUCAGACUGGUAAGCAACAUUAUACACUUGUGGAAGGUCAUAAUCAGAGAGAAGGAUCUGUGAAAAUUGGAAGGCAACGUAUAUCUGCUGAUCAUAAUGAAGAUGUAUUAUUGAUACCUCAAGGUCCUCCUCCUCCUUUUGAAGUCGAUGGGCAGUUUUUGUUUAACAACUCUCCAAAUCCUUAUGAAGGAUUAAGAUUUCCCUCAAUCGAAGAUCUGCUGAUGGAUGGAGAUGAAUAUGAAGGAGAACCGGACAAAGAAGAGCUUGAUCAUUGUUUCAUGAAGCUAAUGAAUGAGUUUGGAGGAGAGACCAUCAUGUCAGAAGAAGAAGAAGAAGAAGAAGAUAUUAUACCGCCUCACUAA